GAUGAGAAACCUUCUGAUCUUCCUGUGGACCUUACUCUUCAUGAUGCCGUUUAUCAAAGGCAUCUCUGGGUGCGCCAUAACGGACGACGUUUGCGAAUUCUCGCUGGUGUUUGAGCAAAAACUGACCAUGAUUCGGAAAAUGACCCCAGUAUUUCCAGCCAAUGGCCACAUCUACCGAUACGACGUCACGAACAUCUCUGCCGCGGAACCACUGUCUACCGACGACGUCAUCACUGCGGACGGCUGGGAGGAGCCGAGACUGGUGCUGGCGGUGAACGGGACGAUUCCAGGUCCCCCUAUAGAUGUGUACGAGGGCCAGACUGUAAUCGUUCACGUGAAGAACCUGAUGACGAGCGCCACCACCUCGGUCCAUUGGCACGGCCUGCACCAGCCCGGCACGCCCUGGAUGGACGGGGUGGGCUUCAUAACACAGUGUCCCAUCCAGCCAGGACAGUCGUUUACUUACAGGUUCAUGGCCACGCCGAGAGGAACGUUUUGGUACCACUCCCACGUCGGCGCCCAGCGUUCUAUGGGUCUGUACGGAGCGUUUGUUGUAAGGGAGAAGAAACCACUGGAGAUGCCGGAGAGGAUUAUGAUACUCAGUGACUGGAACCACGACUGGGAGUCGGACCUGUCCCUGAAUCUCAUGAUGCCGGGAGUGUAUGUGAACAGACGCAAGCUGCCUAAUACGAAAUCGCUAGAUGGCGCACACUUCACCAUGUUUAAAUUCCAGUCAGGACUUGUAAAUGGAAAAGGCAGAUUUUAUGAUGCAACUGGGAAACACAACGGAGCCCCUUUGGAAGUUUUCAACGUUCAGAAAGGACUGACGUAUAGAUUUAGGCUGAUUUCUGCAGGAAUUUUAUAUCCGUUUCGAAUAUCUGUCGACGAACAUAACCUAACAAUUGUUGCUUCAGAUGGGUUUGACAUACGUGAACAAACAGUAGAAUCCCUCAUUAUUAAUCCUGGAGAGAGAUUUGAUUUCAUUAUUCACGCCGACAGGGAUGUUAAUAAUUAUUGGAUUCGUGCGAAAACUCUCGAGAUUAAUGUGAAUCACACAGCAGAAGCAAUCUUACGCUACGAUUCUGCAACAACUGAAGACCCAACUACCAGACAAAGACAUUGCACGGCUGGUGACAAAUGCAUCGUCAUGAACUGUCCAUUCACAUACUACCCCAUCCAGUCCCACACCAGAUGUCUCAACUUCGGUGAUCUUAAAUCGAAGACAAACAACGACUCGGCGCCGAUAUUUAUACCCGGGCAGUUCAAAGAACAUUUUCUUAAUUUUGGCUUUCCUGGACGUCCUGGAAUGAUGCCAGCUUCCAUCAAUGGGCACACUUUUGACUUUCCAACAGUUUCCGCACUGACCCAACCGCAAGAAUUAUCUUCAGGAUGCAGCGAUUCAAACUGCGGGACAGACAAAGUGUGUAUGUGUAGGUAUACACUAGAUCUGAAACACGGAGACACCAUCCAGAUGGUCUUCACAAAUAUGGGAAGCGGCAAAGGACUGUCUCACCCAGUACAUAUGCACGGCCAUUCGUUCUACGUGGUGAAAAUGGGAUACGGUCUUUACAAUGAAACGACUGGUAAGCUAAUGGGCGAUAGCGAAGACAUCGAUUGCAGAGGGAAGUUUUGUAACAAUGCCACAUGGUCGAACAGUUCCUGGAAGGACGGUAACGUCCCUGGGUUAGAGCUGACGAAUCCACCGAGAAAAGAUACCAUCAUCGUCCCAACAAGCGGCUACGUCGUGGUGAGAAUCAGGGCAGAUAACCCAGGAGUGUGGUUUUUGCACUGUCACAUAGAGUUCCAUAACAAUCACGGCAUGGCUAUGGUUUUAAAUGAAUCUUUUCCAAAUCACAGACGUCCGCCGCCGGGUUUCCCAGUGUGCAAAAACUAUGAGCCUGAAAAACACGCAUAUCUUCUUCAAGCCAUCAACAGGAGUUCAGAAACAGUAGAACUGAAGCUGUUUUGGAUUGUCGUGGGCUGUCUCAUCGCCAUUAUUAUGGCAGAACUAUUCAUUAUUGGAUGUCUUUAUCUCCGCAAGAAAGACGAUCUAUCCAUCAAAUACGACGUGUCGGCGGAAGCUCACGAAAACAAAGUCUACGUAGAGUAGUAUAAAACAUAAUUCACUGCUAAUUUAGAAGGUCUCUCACCACUGUUUUGUUUUACAUGUCCGAGCAUACAAACAUUAACUUAUGUAGGAAAUAAACCGGAAGACAAUGUAUAAUUAGGUUUCUCCUUUGGAAGUCGAUGAUGGUUCCUGUUAUGUUACAAGAAGAAAAAGUAAAAGAAAAAAACAACAAAAAACCCAAAACAAUAAAACAACAAAACAAUACCACUCCAAAUUAAAACAACAAAACCCCAAACAA